AUGAUGGAAGAUGAAACCAAAGAUAGUUAUUUAGUUAAAUUAUUCAAUGAAUUUGAUACUCGUAGUACAGGUUAUUUAGAAUAUGACCAAUUAAAACAAACUGUUUGCAAAAUUACUGGUAGAUCUGAUUUCACUGAUGAAGAAUUAUCAACAUUAUUAAAUAAAUUUGAUACAGAUAAAGAUGGUAGAAUUAGUUUAGAUGAAUUUUUAAAUGGAUGCAAUAGUAAUUCAAUUGUUGAUGAAGAAGAUAUUCAAACCUAUAUUUCAACGAGUAAUAAUAAUAGUAGUUAUAAAUCAUCAAAUUUGAAUAAUUUAUCAACUAUUUCAACACCAGUUUUAAAUGGUAAUGGUAGUAAUGGUAUUCAUCAUAGUCAUCUCGAUGAUGAUGAUGAUGAUAAUAAUAAUGACGAAAUAGAAGAGAAUUCAAUGAUGAAUGAAAUUGGUGAUUUAAGUAAUGAUCAAGAGAAACAUUUGAAAUUUAUUUUCUCAUUAUUUGAUAAGGAUGGUGAUGGGUUAGUAUCAAUUGAACAAUUACGUAAUAUGUUGGAAGAUAUUAAAGUGAAAUCCAUUCAAGAUGGUAAUGGUGAUGAGUUUGAUAAUGAUAAUGAUGAUGACGAUAUCGAUUAUAUCAUUAAUACAUUGUCAGCUGAUGGUAGUAAAACAAUUUCAUUUGAAAACUUUAUGAAAGCAAUUGAACACAUUAAUUCACCAACACAAUCAGUAAUCACUGGUGGUUCACCAAUGCAUAAUGAUACAACAGUUUUUGAUGGUCCACAUUCUGAUAAUGAAUUAGAAGAUGCUGAUAAUAAUAAUAUAGAUAAUAACAAUAAUAAUAAUAAUAAUAAUAAUAAUAAUAAUAAUAAUAGUAGACCAGAUAGCCCAAUAGUAACAUCACCAGAUAAAAAAUCAACUAGAAAUAGAGGUAGAACUAGUUCAUGGGUAGCACCAGUUGCAAUUGUAAAUAUGAUAAAGAGAAGAACAGAUUUAUAUAGUAAAGAUCAAAUUCAAGUGUUUGAUAGUAAUGAUAAUUUAGCGGAUAAAUAUAAAAAGGAAGCAGCAUUGUUACGUACUGAAAAGGAGCAUUUAGGUUCAAAGUUACAUUUAUUCGAAGGUCAAUUAAAAGAGGCAAGAGAAAGUCAAGAGAAGUUAUCCGAAGAUAAUGCUCAAUUGAAGGAGUCCAUUACCAUUGGUAAGAAAACUUUAAUUGAAAAUCAAAAACUAUCAAAUCAUAAUAAGAAAUUACAAGAACAUAUCGAAGAUCUAAAGAAACAACUAUUGGAAUACGAAGAUCAAAAAACUGAAUUGGUUAAAACUCAAAAUAGAAUUAAAUUGGAUAAACAACAAAUCUAUCAGGAAUUACAACAAAAAGAAAAAGAUUUAAAAGAAAAGGAAGAAUCAAUUAAAGAAUUACAACAACAGCAUCAUCAACAAUUAACUCAUUCAAGUAAUGCUAUUUUACAAUCUUCAAUUAAUAAUAAUAAUGAUUCAAAUAAUAAUAAUGUUAAUGGUGUAACUACUGUUGGUGGUGCUGGUGAAAAUGUAAAUAAUCAAAAUGGUGUAAAUAGUACAAGUGGUGUAAAUAUUGAAAUCGAUGUAAAUAGUGGUAGUAGUGGUAGUGGUAACAGUAAUGGUAAUGGUAUUAAUAAAAUACAGGAUAGUCAUGAUUUAAGAUCAGUAUUAAUAUUGGAGAAUGAAAAAGCUCAAGAAACUAUUAAAUUUUUAACAGAGGAAUUAAAGAGAUAUCAAAUUAAGAGUAAAGGUGAUAGAGAUUUAAUUCAAAAAUUAAAAAUUAAUUUAGAAGAAGCACAAAGUAAUACAGUUUCAAAUUCUGAUCCAAAUCUUAGAUUAUCUUUAUUAUCAGAAUUAGAACAUCAAGUUGAAGCAAGAUUAGGUAGUACUCCAUUGAAUUCAAGUUUUAUGGAACAAUUUAUUGACCAACAACAACAACAACAAUCACCUUUAUCACAACGUUCAAUUUUAAAGAAAUCAACCUCAAAAACUUCAUCAUUAGAUGAUGAUGGUGAUUUAAUUUUAAAUGAUAAUAAUGAUGAUGAUGAUGAUAAUAAUAAUAAUGAAGAUAGUGAUGAUAAUAGUAAUAAUAAUAUUAAAAAAGAUAAUGAAAUAAAACAAUUAAAAUCAACAUUAGAAAUAGAAAUUAAAUUAAAACAAGGAUUAAUUGAAUUGGUUGAGCAAAGUAAGAAUGAUAAUCAAAAAUUGGAACAAAUGACAUCAUCAUUAAAACAAUUGAAUUUAGAGCUAACUGAUAAACAUCAACAACAAACAUCACAACUUUCAAAGAUGGUAGAGGAUUUACAAUCACAAAAGGAACAAUUGAAUCAACAAGUUGUUGUCUUACAACAAUCCAAUCAAGUAAACAAUCAAGAGUUAUUGAAAACAAUCGAUCAAUUACAACAAUCAAUCAAUGAUAAACAAAAACAAUAUGAUCAAACCAUUACAGAGUUAACCAAUCAAUCAAAUACUGAAAAAUUACAAUUACAAUCACAAAUUCAAUCACUUCAAUCAAAUAUUGAUCAAUUAAAUCAAUUAAAAAAAGAACAACAAUUACAAAAAGAUGAAUUAUUAUUAAAACAACAAAAACUUGAACAACAAAUUGAAAAAUAUGAACAACAACAACCACCACCACCAAAUCAAGAUGAAGAAAUUCAACAAUUAAAACAAACCAUUGAAUCAAAUGAAGAUGAAAAUGAAAAACUUUUAAAGAAAAUUGAACAAUUAGAAUUUGAAAAUCAAAAGAUGUUAUCACAACAACAAAUCUUUGCAAAAUCAAUUGAAACCCCUUCCAAUCUAUCAGAUCCAAUUAAUAUUAAAGCUGGUCAAACUCAAAAUGAAUUAUCAUCACUUAAACAAAGAUUAGAGGAAUUGGCUGCAAAGAAUAAUAAUUUACUUUCAGAGAAUACUCAAUUAAAGAAUUCUUUAACACCAGUUGAUUCACCAUCAACUUCACAAAGAGAAAUACCAACUACAAAUGACAUCAAUGAUUAUAAUUUGGUUAAAUCAACAUCAGCAACAUCAAUUGAAAAUCUUCAAAAUGAAAUUUCAUCAUUAAAUACUUUAAAUCAACAAUUACAAAAUGAUUUAAAGAAAUAUGAAUCAAAGGCACAAUCACAUCAACAACAACAAUUACAACAUACAAAUAGUACCAUUAAUUUGAUCGAUGAUUUAAAGAAAGCAAAUGAAAUUUCAAAUGAAAAAUUUAGAACUUUAGAAUAUGAAAAUUUAAUGGUCAAAGAAGAUAAUAAAGAUUUACAAAAUAAGAAUCAAUUAUUACAAGAUAAAAUUGAUUCAAUGAAAGUUGAAUUUGAAAAUAAUUUAAAUCAAGUUCAAAUUAAUGAAAAGAAAUCAAAGCUUAUCAAAGAAAUCGAUGAUUUGAAAGCAAAAUUAAAGAAAUAUGAAAAUGAUAGUGAUCAUCACCAAAUUGAAAUGGAAGAUGAAACUAAAUCAUUAAAAGAUAGAAUUGAUGAUUUAUCAAAUAAAUUACAAAAUGAAAAGAAUUUAACAAAACACCUUCAAUCACAAUUAAACUCAAUUAAUAAUGAAAGUGAUGACCAAGCUCCAUUAAUUGGUGGCCAUGUUAAACAAAAGAAGAGAGGUUGUUGUACAAUUCAAUAA